GGUGGUCAGUGGUCAGAACCUGGGAGUGAGACAGCAAACGUUGGACUAUAACAAAGAGGGGACGAAAUGGAAUAAACAGUGAUUACUAAACCAAAACGGAUCAUUUCUUCUUAUCCACUCCGGCAAGGACUGUUGAUUUAUUUUAAUGUCUUCUACGCUGUAUGUCAAAUAGUAUGACUCAACAGAGCCAGACAAUGCUGAAGGUAACGUUAACGUUAACUUCACAUUAACGUUACUGUUGCUGUGGGCUUGUAGCUAACAUUGGCUUGCAAAUUUAUAUGUAUUAUUAAGUGAACUGGAUAUAGAUACCCGUAGAAGGGACAAUAUCCGUGUUGGCUUAAACUUCGCUCGAGCAGUGUUUGACGUGCACGCCACCAGGAAAGACAGUGUUAUCUUGGUAGCUAGCUAGCUAGUUAGCUCAAGACUCACUGACUGCUUGUCUAUCCACACCGUCUCUGUGCUGGUUGGCAUUUAAAUAGUUAGAUUCCCUUCACUUGGCUGAAACUAAAAGUGUUCCAACGUAUAUGGACUUUAGUUUGGUACGGUGGGUCUGUUUAUCAAACCACUGUCAAAACGUCAGUACUCCAUACCGGUGUUUACAACUGUUUGCCCCCUCUGGAUAUUUCGAAAUGCAUCACCCGGUUUCUGCAGGGGACUCACCAAGCCCAAGGAAAAUGGCGUACCCAGCAAUUAUUCCUGGAGGGGGUAACGUUUGUAAUCAUAGCAGUGAAACCAUGUCUGCAUUGUCAACUGUGACUUGCUCUACACUUAGUAACAACCCUCUGCUGGCUGAUGAGUAUCACUCACUGACACAGGCUCACCCUAUACCUGUCUCUUCUACUGGUGGAUUACAGCAACCUCCUCACAGUCUCAACAUUCAUACCCAGUCUACAAUCCAACCUCAGAUUCUGCCAUUAUCUGGAGCACAGAUGAAGAAAAAAAGUGGCUUUCAGAUCACCAGUGUGACACCUGCUCAAAUUACCAUCAGCACUAACAACAGCAUAGUUGAGGAUACUGAAAGCUGUGAUGACUUGGAUGAGUCACACACUGAGGAUUUGUCCUCCUCUGAGAUUAUGGAUAUACCUUCCCGAAGUGAUAAGGGAGGUCCACAGAGGAGUUCCUCAGAGGAAACGCUCAACAACUUUCAAGAGGCAGAAACCCCAGGAGCAAUGUCUCCCAACCAACCCCCACUCCAUCACUCCUUGACUCAUCCACAGGGCAUAUUGAUGAAUGGAUCUGCCCAUCACCUCCACCAACAGGAUCCUCAUUAUAAUCACCGCCACCAUAUUCAUGCCAACCUGGCCUCAUCAGCCUCCAUCAGUGCCCAGUCAGUCUUCCCUGCUCUGACCACCGUGUCCACUUCUGUCCAGAAAAUGCCUUUGAAUGUUGGAGGCCUACUUGAAAAUGCCUCUGCCAGCACUGCUGGUUUGAUGGGUCAGCCUUCACCUGGGUCUGUCCCAGGAGCUACUGCUGGAGUAUUCUCUGCUGUCUCAGGUGCCACAAUUAGUAAUGUAAGUUCAAGCAAUGUUAAUGAUAUCAGAACUUUGAAUUCAGCCUGUGUGCCUGUUGUGGGGGGUGUCAGCAGCAGCAUUAGUAAUGUAGUACCUUCCACUGGUUUGAGGAAUAGUGGUAGCAGCCAAAAUGUGAACAUGAUACAGCAACAUCAACAAAGUGAAAUGACUGGAGCAAGUAUGACUGGUCUUUUGGGGAUGAACAACAGUGGCCUUACAGGAGUGCCUGGAGCAGUGCAACCCAUGACUACAGGAAACACCGCCCCAGUUUCUCACACCCAACAGCAGCAACCCCCUGUCACAUCAAGUUCACGUUUCAGAGUAGUCAAACUAGACUCUAAUUCUGAGCCGUUCAAGAAGGGGAGGUGGACAUGCACUGAGUAUUAUGAUAAAGAAACAGCUUUAUCCAUGUUUGCCUCUGCUUCAGCCUCCACAGUCCCAUCAGAGAUUCCUGUCAACCAAGUAGUGGAGACUGUGCGGCAGGGGACUGAGAACACUGUGGCAAGUUCAGAGCAUGAUUGUAUGAGCUUGAGCAGCAGCUCUGUCAGCAGUUCUGUGAGUACUCUUAGCCACUUCUCAGAGAGUGUGGGCAGCGGAGAGAUGGGAGGUCCCUCUAUCUUACAGCAGACUUUCCAGCAGUCACAAGACUACACCCCUGUGGCUCCCCGGAGUGUGCACCAUGUGAAGAACAGCCUGGCUCCCUCUCCUCCUGUCAGCAUGCAGCAGCAGCAGCAGCAACAGCAGACAUCAACCAAUUUGGGAACCCUGUCAUCACCCAUGCUCCCAUCCUCAGCAGUGUCCCAGCAGCAGCAGAUGUCAUAUGGCCAGACACCCCCCCAGUGUGUCAGUCAGCAGCUGAUGAGCUACUCACCUGCACAGCAAUUGGCCUCACCUGCCCAGGUGGCACGGGCACACAUUAUUCCUUUAAACCAGGCUUGCACCCAAUCAUCUGAUUACAGCCAAACUCAGCACCAAACCCAGCUCCAGACAUCUUGCCCUGGGUCAUCACAGUCAAUAACCCUCCAGACUGGCAGCAUGCCACCUGUCUCUGUGUCAGGGAAUAGUCAGUUGAUGAUCGCAGCACAGCAACCUGUGGGCAAAGCACCCACUUCUGCCAUGCGGCCCCUCCCCUUAGGUCUUUUACAAUCCCAGCCUCAGCAGACAUCAUCACCCCAGAUGGUCCAGGCACCUGUUGGGGUCAUGCCUCAGAUGGUGCCGGCUAUGCUUGGACUUUUGCAAAAGCCUAGCCACCAGCUUCCUUUAGAGCAGCAACCAGUCAGCACACAAGGCAUGACCCAACACUCCUCUGUAAUAACGAAUAUGCUGUCAAAUGUGCCUCCCAAUCUCGCAAACAUUGCCCUGUCUGGCAUGGUCCAGAAUGGUACUAAGGACAAUGAUGUCCAGUCUAGUGCCAGCACACUGUGUGCAACCUUGCCUUCUCUGACAGCCACACAGCUUGAGGGUGCCCAACGUCUUCUCCUUCAGCACCAGUCCCUGCUAUCGCUGCCUAUGCUGGCUGCUGGUGAAUGCGCCUCACAUACUGGAACCUCCUUAGCUACAGAGGGAAAUAUUGGAGUCAAUGCCUUAACUUCCUCAGCAAGUCUGCUGAAGAACCUGCCUGUGGAUGGAGAGGAUGAUGGUUCCUCGGGUGCCAGUGUUGUUGCCAUAGACAAUAAAAUUGAACAAGCAAUGGAUUUGGUGAAGAGUCACCUGAUGUACGCCGUACGGGAGGAGGUUGAAGUUUUGAAAGAGCAGAUAAAAGAAUUGGUAGAGAGGAACUCUCAGCUGGAGCAGGAAAACAACCUGCUAAAGAACUUGGCCAGUCCAGAACAGCUGGCACAGUUUCAAGCACAAGUGCAGAGUGGUUCACCGCCGGCUUCCAUUCAAGGUAGCCAGCAGCCUGCCCCGUCGGUCCAGCUUGCCUCUCAGACCUCUGGGCCUUCUGCAUAGCCGCCUUUUACCACAGUGGCAUAGAGACUGUGCUGAAGAGAGAAAAAACUACGGAAUGCAAACAUGCUGAAGCUAAUGAUCAUUAAACCUGAAGAUCGAUGCCUCAUUUACAUGAGGAUUCUGUUAAAGGCUAAUGUUUCUUUUUGCACAUAUUUGACUUUCAAAACUUGAUACAGUGUUACAACUGAGAGCAACUGACAAUCCGGUCAUGCUCCGGAAGCAGAUGAUGGAAUGUUGCCAAAAAAGACAAACAAGCUGGACAUGACAUUAUGAAUCACUGUGCCUAAGUCUAAUAGAUUUCAAAUGUUCAUUUCCAUCAGUGACUAUGGGAUUGUAAAUGAUUGUCAUCAUACUCAAAAUGUGUCUGUGUAUGUAACCACAGCAGUCCUUAGGUCUGUGCUCUUAAUUGGAAAAAAAGCACUUUUCAUGGUGAUGGAUGGUCAAAACUCAAC